GUCACGCGUACGGGGUGCGUGAACUUCCUGGUUGGGAUUUUACUUCCAACUGUCAACAGAAGCUGCGACGGAGCUCGACUAGAGCGACGUGUAUGAGUGAAACUUCGGUUCCGGUCCCGGUUCCAAAGCUCCGAUCCGCUGCCCCCCCUCCCCCUCCUCUCCGUCCAGCGUUGAACUCCUCUCGGAUGUGAAGAUGGCCGUUUGGAGGGUUCUGUCGGUCUCCGUCGUCUACGCAUGUUGGCUGAUCCUGACCGCCGCCGAUGACCUGCCCCCCGCCACCAACGGCACCGGGAGCGGAGCGGCGCCCAAGACCGGCGUGACGAGCCCCAGCCGGGCGAACACCCCGCUCAGCGGCGCCACCACCAACUCCAGCCGGGGGAACAGCACGCACCGCGGCGUCGGCACCAACGGGCUCGGCGUGGACAGCUCCAUGAUCCAGAGGGCCCUGUACGUCCUCAUCGGCAUCACCAUCAUCGGGGUGCUGUACUUCCUGAUCCGGGCUGUGCGGCUGAAGAAGCCCGCCCAGAGGAAGAAGUACGGCCUGCUGUCCAACUACGACGACUCGGUGGAGAUGGACGCGGUGGAGAGCGAAGACGACGACACGCUGUACGAAGCCCGCAGCCUGCGCAGAUGAGUCCCGCUGCGCCGGGUCCGACGGAUCUGACCCGCUGCCCCAUGGUCAGCUCGUAUUGAUCCGGGACGAACUGCAAGAGGACGAGGCGGACCAAACAGUCGCUGACGACAAAAAGCCAAAAACUUCCAGCUGCUCGGAGAAGCGGUGCAGGAUAAUCGAUGUUUUCUAAAUGUGGUGUCGGAUGGUAGAAACGCUGCUUUCAGGAAGCAGAUGGGACGCUUUGAUGGAUCCCCCUGAGGCCAAAGGUUUCUCCUCUUCCCAUAAUUUCCAUUAAGAUUAUUUCAGUCUGUAAGAGUUUCCUGUGUUUUUUUUUGUUUUGUUUUUUUUGUUUUGUUUUUCCCUCCUGGAUAUUUUUGGUUUGGUUUUGUGCUUUGAACUUCUGAGAAGCUGAGUGCUGGGCAGACAGCCCACCAGCAGGGGGCAGCAGUGAUUGGUCAGGAUCUGUCCUGCUGGCAUCCUGCUCUCAUAACACAGUGUUGGAAAACCUCUUUGGUAUUUAUGCUGAUUUUCUGACAUGAGGAUGAGAAUAAAACUUUGUACAAAUGUUGAUUUCUAAUGACUUUUUCAGGCUUUGUGAUGUUGCCUCGAACAGCAACGUGAUUGCAAUCUAAUUUUGAAUAAAAUUUUAAAAAUCAG